AUGGAACCAAGGAACCAGACCAGUGCAUCUGAGUUCAUCCUUCUGGGACUUGCAGAAAAUCCAGACCAGGAGACGCUCCUCUUUGCUCUCUUCUUCUGCAUGUAUGUCAUCACAGCUGUGGGGAACCUCUUGAUCAUCCUGGCCAUCAGCUCUGACUCCCAGCUUCACACUCCCAUGUACUUCUUCCUUGCAAACCUCUCCUUGGUUGAUUUCUGCCUGGCCACCGACACUGUCCCCAAGAUGCUGAUGAGCAUCCAAACAAGGAGCAAGUCCAUCUCCUAUCCUGGUUGCCUGACCCAGAUGUACUUUUUCCAUUUCUUUGGCAUCAUGGACAGUGUUUUAAUUGCUGUGAUGGCUUAUGAUCGGGCAACAGAAACAGAAGCCUUGCCUUCUGUGGACGACCCUGUUAGAACGAUUGGCCCAAGUAACCCUCUGCUUACUCCUUUGCCUGAUCCUCUGUCCACGGUGGACUGGACCGUGGAGGGAUCUAGACCCCCAGUCACAAUCACUACCUCCGCUCCUCAGGGAAGCACAACUUCCCAAGAACUCUAUUUAGAGACUGCCAUCAGCCCAGUCACCACCACUCAGCUGCUUUCCUCUGUAGGAAGUAUUCCAAGUGUGGCCACACCCGAUGCAAUCAUCAGUAGCAAUGCGAUUACUCCCUGGGGGAGUCAAAGCCUCAGAGAGACAGAACAGAGUCCUCCACCUUUCCCCACCACAACUUCUGCAACUCCGUGGCAUGCAUCCCAGACAGUCACCAUUCUGAGCAUGAUCCCACCUGCAAAAAGAACUCCCGAUCCAACUCCCCAAGCACAUGGGGUGGGUACGCCUACAACAGAGGCGACAGGGACCUCGGACUCCUGGGCUGGGGAAGAAACCACCUCGAACCCAUCUCUGAACACUCACGUGCAAAGCGUCUCUUCUUCCUUGGGAGGAACAAUCAAGAUGGCUACUGGCUCCUCCGACUUAUUGAAGACCACGGAUAUGCUGAACACCGGUUUGGAAUCCGUGACAAGUCGAUUCCCAACUUUGAACACCAGCACCUCAGAGAGAAGCGCUCCGUCUGCGCUCACUACAGACAAAGAAGCUGUUCCCGCUUCCAUAAACACAGUGGAGAUGAGCGUGUGGACCCCAGGUUCUAGACAGAAACUGCAUUCCACCACCCUGGACCGCUCAGAGCCACUCACCGCCACAUCGCCAAUGGUUACUUCCUCCACCCUGGGAGAUACCAUUGGCUACACAUUAACACCUCUCUUUCCAGAGUCUUCACAGACUGGAACAGAGACUGACCCCUCCGUAACCACCACAACGAUCAAGUCCAAGAUGUACAGAAAUGCCAGCUCAAUCACAGAAACAAGCGCUGUCUUCCCCCCAGGUUCCACUGCUGUCACUGAGGGAUCCAGGCGUGCAGUCACCGCCUCUGAUAUCAUACCCAGCCCAGGUCUGUCUCAGUCCACAAGCUCAUUAGAUGUCCUCACAGGAAUGAGCACCACCCCUGCGUCCUCUCCUCUCCAAACAGGAUCUACACGAACACUUUUCACCAACCAGAAAGCUUCUUCCAGGGCUACAUCACUUAGUACACCUACUUUGGACACAUCAACCACAGGCUUGUGGGAAGGGACCCGACUGCCCUUCUCUGAGUCAUCUGGGACCACAGCUCCAAUGGGUAUCAGUUCCAGCGCAGGGGAUACCACAAUUUCCACAUCAACCUCUGCCUUCUCUGAGAAUAAAAGACAAGAGACAGAGACAAAGGCAAAUGCCUAUUUGACCCACGGACUUAGGGAGACCAGCCCUUCCCAGGUGACCAGCUCAUCCACAGUGAUAGAAAGUCUCCUUUCCCAUGCAUCCACUGGUGCUGCUACUAUGGAGAAUUCUUGGACAGAAUUAGCGCCCUCUAGCAAGACAUUCAUGCCAAGCCCUGCUCACUUUCCAACUACUCAUGCUACAGCUACAAAGAGCAUUGCCAGCUCUUCCGCCUCACUCCUCAGGACUGAAUCAGCAGGAAUGACCUUUACCACCCAAGUGAGUGGCCCUGGGACUACCUCACAAGGCACCCUGCCACUGGACUCACCAACCACAGCUUUUGGGGCAGGGACUCAGAGUUUCCCACACUCCAAGAUGACCACCCUUUUGAACACAGAUUCCAAGGAUGUGCCAAGGAUGAGCUCUUCUGUGGGAGAAACCAGUUCUCUCUCUUCCCUGGCACCUAUCCCUUCUACAACCUCACCUUCCCUAGCGUCAUCUACGUUGCAAGAGCACAGCUCCCCCGUUACUUUUCUUGUGACCUCAAGUCAGACCUCAAGUUUGGUGGAGAUGACCGAUAUGCUGCGAAUGAGCUCAGAAACUGAUACCAGUACAUCCGCAAAUCUGGAUAGCACCUCAAGCGAGAUAUCAGCCACUUCUGAAGACACCACGGAUACAGAAGUGAUUCUCCCUUCCACAAAGAUAUCAGUGACCACAGUGGGCGCUGCCAGUCCUGGACACAAAUCACAUUCUUCUGCCCUGGCCCAUUCAGAGGCCUUUGGGGUCACAUCCCUAGUAGUUAUCACUUCUGCAUUGGGAGAUGCCACUUUUCCCACAUCAAUGCCUCCCUCUUUUGAUUCCACCAGAAUUGAGCCAACUUCUUCGUUGACCUCUAACUUGAAGGACACCAUCACCUCCCAGGAAACCAGUGUCACAAAAGAGAAAGCCACAGUCCUUCCCAAUAUGCUCAGGGAUACUAUGACCACUGAGCCCUCCAGGACAACGUUUCCCUCCUCUGAUAGCACGUUCAAUGACUUAACAAGGUCUACGGGUAUUUCUUCAGGAGCUACCAAUAGACCCUCUCUCUUCCCUCCUAUGUCAGAAUCUACACACAUGACCUUCCCUACACAGAGAGGUUCUCCUGAGGCUAUAUCUCUGAGUACACUUACUUUGGACACAUCAACCCCAGGCUCAUGGGAAGGAACCCAGUUGUCCUUUUCAAGGCCUUCUGAGACUAUAAAUCCAAUUAACACUGCCCUUACCAAAAUUUCCACAUCACCAUCUGCCUCCUCUGAAACCAAUAGGCUAGAGACAGACACAAUCCCCAACCAAACUCCUGGAUGGCAGAAUAUGGGCAUCUCUCAGAUGACCACCUCAGUCACAGAAGCAGGUACAGUUCUUUCCCAUGUGUCGACUGAAGCUGCUACCACUGCAGUCUCUUGGAAGGAAUUCAUAUCCUCUAGCAAGAUAUCCAUCACAGACCCUACUCGCUUGAAAUCUUUUCCCAACACAUCUAUACAGAGUGGCACCACCGCUCUCAGGACAGAAUCUUCAGAAAUACCCUUCACCACCCAAGCAGAUUCUUCUGGGGUUACAUCAAAGGGUGCACUUACCCAGGACACAUCAGCUAUGGCCUCCUGGGCAAGGCUGUCAUCGGUUGUGACUCAGGGUUUUCCACCCUCAGAGAUGACCAAUCCCAUGAGCACAAGUUCUGAAGAUGUAUCAAGGAUAAGCCCUCUUUCUUCAAAAGAAACCAGCUCUUCUUCUCUGUUUUCUUUCCCUGCCACAACCUCGCCUCCCCCUGGACUGUCCACAUUACAAGGGUACAGUCUCUCCUCUCCUAGCCCUGUGACUCCACUCAUCACUUCUGGUCUGUUGAAGAGCACAGACAUGUUGGGCACAAGCUUCAAAUCCAGCACUGGUAGCUCACUUCCAAAUCUGAGCAUCACCUCAAGUGAGAUAUUAGUCACUUCUCAAAUGAUCACAAAUAGAGAGUCAACUCACUCUUCCACAAACACAGUGACCAAUGUGGCAGCUACUAGUCCUGGACCCACAUCACACUCUGUCUUGAGCCAGUCACAGUUAUCUAAGGUCACAUCCCCAGAGGCUAUUGUUUCCAGCAAGGUAAGCAUCACUUCUUUCACAGCAACACCUACAUCUUCUGCACCACCUACAUCCUCUGAUGCCACAAAAAUGGAGACAGCGUCAUCUUCCUCCCUUACUACUAUAAUGAAGGAUCCCAGUACAUUACAAGGGACCACCUCAGACAGGGAGAGACCCACUGUUCUUUCCGAGGUGUCUACCAGUACCACUGCUACUGGGCUCUCCAAGACAGAGAUUCCAGACUCUGGGAGAACUCCCAUCUUAGGUUCUACUCAGUCAACAUGGUCCUGGAGAAUCUCAGGAACCAGCAGUAGAGCCACCAUCCCCCAUCCCAUGACAGGGUCUGCACAAAGGACUCUCCCCAUACAAGCUCUUUCUCCUGAGCCUACUGAAUCACUAGAUGCACUUAACUUGGACACGUUACCCACAGUAUCCUUGAAAGGCACCCAGCUUGCCUCCUCAAAGACACCUGGGGGCACUUCCUCACUGGUUACCUCUACAGAUUCCACCUUAAUGCCUGAACUUCCUGAAAUCACAAGGAUCGACAGUGAGUCAACUUCCUCCUUGACCCCUGGAUUGACCAAUUACAGCACUUCCCAGAUGAAUGUCUUAGCCACUGAUGUAAGUUCGCUCCCUUCCCAAGCAUCCAUUGAUGCUACUGAGUUCUCCAGGACAGAAGAACCAUCCUCCGACAGAAUGACCAGCCCAGACCCAGAUCAGUCCAAAGGCCCAACUGAUAUAACAACAGAGAGCUCCACCAGUCCUCCAGACUCCCCUCUCAUGACAACUUCUGAAGGAAGGAGUUUAACUUCCAGAAGAAGUGCCUCUGGGCCUACAUCACAGGAUGCGCUGACCUUACACAUGCCAUCCACAGCCUUUUGGGAAGGGACUUCCUUGGAUUUGACUCAAGGUUUUCCACAGUCAGAGACAAUGACUCUCAUGAGCAGACGUCCUGGGGAAGAAUCAACUCCUCCUUCUGAGGCAGAUGUCAACUCGCUCUCUUCCUUGGCACCCAUCUCUGCCACAUCCUCACCCUCUGCUGUUUCAUCCAAAUUUCAAGGGCAGAGUGUCUCCUCUACACUUCCUAUCACCUCAAUCCUCACCUCUGCCCCAAAGAAGACUACAGAUAACUUGGAGGAAAAGUGGGAAGUUGGCACCAGUUUACCUUUACAUAUGAGCAGCACCUCAAGUGAGGUACUGGCCAGUUCAGAAGUCACCAUUGGCACAGAGACAACCCAUCCUUCCACAAACAUAGUGGCAACUGUCAGAACAACCAAUUCUGGACAUGUAUCACCUGCCUCUGUCCUGGCUCCCAUGGAAACAUCCAGGGCCAUGUUUCCAAUAGUUACUGCUUCCAAAAUGGUGGAAAACACUGUCUCUGCAUCAAUGUCUGCAUCCUCUCCGACUACAAGGAUUGGCAGCAAGUCAGAUUCCUCCCUGACUGAUGGAUUGAGUGAGUACACUACUACCCAAGUGACUGUCACAAGUACAGAGAGAACACCUGUUCUUCUCCAAGUGUCCACAACUGCUGCUACAAUUGAGGUCCCCAGGAUAGAAAUCAAAUCCACUGAGAGACUAUCCAGCCCAAGCCCUGCUGAAUCCAAAGGUCUAACAACAUUGAUUCCAGAGAGCCAUACCAUCUCCUCUACUUUGCCUCGGAUGGCAGAAUCUGUGGCAACGGACUUCACCACUCAAACAGAUGUCCCUGGGGCUACAUUACAAGGUUCAGUUACUUGGAAUUCAUCAACCACAGCCUCCUUAGUAGGAACACCUUCAACUGUGACUCAGGGUUUACACCCCUCAGAUGUGAUCACUCUCAGUAGCAAAGAACCUGUGGAUGUGUCCAGGAUGAACACAUCCCCUAUCAAAGACACUGACUCAGUCAAUUCUCUGGUGCCUACUCUUGCCAUGAGCUCCUCUACCUCUGUUUCUUCCAUCUCACAAGGGGAAAAUACCUCCUCUUCUCUUCAUGGGAUCUCAAGUUUCACCUCUAUUCCUUUAAGGAACACAAAUAUAUUGGAUACAACCCUAGCAUUUGGCACCAGCUCAUCUCCACAUCUUAGAAGCACCUCGGAUGACACAUUGACUAUUUCUGAAGCCACCAAGAAUGUGGAGGCAGUCAAUCCUUCCAUCAACACAGCUGUGGGGACUACUCAUACUGGACAUAAAGUGCAAUCCACGGUCCUGGCCCCUACAGUGACAUCCAGGGUAAUAUCUUCUGCAGCUACACUCUCAAGCAAGGUUGAAGUCAGUGUUUCCACAUCGUUGCCUGCCUACACUGAGAUCAGGGGAGAGACUCAGGCAGAAUCAACUUCCUCCCUGACCCAUGGACAGAAGCAGACCAUAACAUCACGGGAGUCUAGUUUAGUUACAGAUGCGCAUACUGGCUCUUUCUAUGCUUCCACCGGGGCUGCUCGUGAGGACCCCGGCAUGGAAGCCAUCUCCUCUGGAGGAACAUCCAUGCCAGGAACUACCCACUUCCAAAAGUCUCCUCAAGAAGCUACAGAAAGCAAUCCCAAUCGUCCCACAUCCCCUCUCAGGACCGGGUCUUCAGGGAUGCCCUUCAACAUCACAGCAGGUCCUCCAAGGGUUACGUCACAGGAUGCAUUUACCCGAGGCACGGCAACCACAAAUUCCUGGGCAGGUAUCCCACCCGUUUUGACUCAGGGUUUUCCACAUUCAGACAUGACUACUCCUGUGAGCACCGGGCCUCCGAAUAUAUCAAGCUCUCCCUCUGUGGAAGAAGGCAGCACUCUCUCUUCCAUGGCACCGACUACCGUUCAAACUUCACUUUCUUCAGUGUCCUCCAUGUUACAAGAGGACAAUCCCUCUUCUUCUUUCCUUGGGACUUCAAUUCCCACCGCUAAGCCAGAAAACAACACUACAGCCAAUCUAGACAAAAGCUUCGGAUCUGGCAGCAGGCCACCUCCAGACAUAAGCAGCACCCCAGAGGAGACAACGGUCACCUCUGAAGUCACCAUAGACUCAGAGGCAAUUCACCCUUCCUCAGAAACAACAGAGGCUAUGAAAACCACGAGUUCUGAACACAUGUCACUCUUUUCUGUCACAGACCAAUCAGAGCCAAAGGACAUCACAUCUUCCGGGGUUGCCACCUCCAGCAUGGCAGACCUAGCUGUUUCCACAUCAGCACCUGCACCUUCAGAGACAACCAAGAAUGAUACAAAGUCAUCUUCCUCCCUCAUGACUGAAAGGAGAAAGAACAGCACUUCACCAAGGGCCAGUUCAACCACGGAAACAUACACUAAUCUAGCCCCUGUGUCAACAGAUACUUCUGUCACUGAGCCAUCCAAGAAAGACAUUGCAGUCCCUGAUCGAACCCCCAUCCCAGGUUCUACUCUGUCAACGUGGUCUCCAGGAAUCCCUUCAGAAACCAGUAGGACAUCCGCAAUAGCCAUUACUGAAACUGAAUCAGGUGAUCACGUGACUUUCACCACAGAGAAUGUUUCGACUGAGGCCAGCACACUGGCUACAACUACCUUGGGCACAUUAUCCACAUUCUCUAUGGAAGAGACACAAGUUUCCUCGUCAAGGCCAACUAGGGCCACAUCUCUACUGGUUACCACUUCCAGCAUAGGGGACACCACUGUGUCUGCAUUACGUCCUGUUUUCUCUGAGACCACAAAGAAUGAGAGUGAGUUGCCAUCCUCCCUGACCACUGGAUUGAGAGGGUCCAGUACUCCGCAGGUACCCUACUCUGUCACAGAGACAAAAUCUGUCCUAUCUCAUUCAUCCACUGGUCCUGUCACAGCUGCUACAGAAGACAUAUCGUUGGAUAGGAUGUCCCACCCAACUCCAAAUCCAUCAAAAGAGUCUUCAAAUACACUGACAGAAAGCAACGUCAGUCCAUCAACCGCCCCUCUCAUGAAAGACUCAGAAGGCAUGACUCUCACCACUCAAAGAGGUACGCGUACUUCAGACACAUCAAGCACAGCCUCAAGGGCAGAGACUCCCUCGGUUUUGACUCAGAGUUUUCCACACUCAGAGAUGACUGCUCAUAUGAGCACAGAUCCAAAUAAUGUGUUAAGCUCUCCUUCUGUGGAAGAAGCCAGCCCUCUCUCUUCCAUGGCACCUACUGCUGCCAAAUCCUCAUUUUCCUCUGUGUCUUCCAUGUUACAAGGGGGCAGUGUCUCCUCUCCUCUCCUGGAGACCUCAGUUGUCACCUCUAGCUCAGAGAAGACUACAGCCAAUUUGGAGACAAGCUUGGGACCUGACACCAGCCCACUUCCAGAUGUGAGCAGCACCUCAGAUUACACAUUGAGCCCCACUGUUGCCACCAUAGACACAGAGGCAACUCACCCUUCCACAGAAACAACAGACUUUAUGAGUGCCACCAGUUCUGAACCGGUAGCACUUUCCUUUGUUCCAGACCAGUCAGAACCAUAUGACAUCACCUCUCCAGGGGUUGCCACCUCCGGCCUUGUAGACCUCACAGUUUCCACAUCAGCCUCUUCUGAGACCACAAGGAAUGAGACAGAGCCAUCAUCCUCAGUUACUUCUGUCAUGAGAGAGCCCGGCACCUCCCAACAAACAAGCUCACUCAGAGAAACAUCCUCUAUUCUAGCUCAUGUGUCAACAGAUGCUUCUACUACUGACCUCUCCAAGACAGGCAUUCCAUGGCCUGAUAAAGCACAAAUCCCACAUUCCACCAGGUCCACAUGGUCUCCAGGAGUCUCUUCAGAAGUCCAUAGUACAUCCGCAAUGUCCCUUCCUGAAACUGAGCCAGCAGCAUACAGAACAUUCACCCCAGAGAGUGUUUCUACUGAGCCCACAUCACUAGAUACAACUACCUUCAGCACACAGUCCACAGUCUCUAUGAAAGAGACACAAGAUCCCUCCUCGAGGCCAACUAGGGCCACAUCUCCACCAAUUACCACCUCCAACAUAAGGGACACCACUGUCUCUGAAUUAACCCCUGUCUUCUCUGAGAAUGCAAAGAGUGAGAGUGAGUUAACGCCCUCUGUGACUGCAGGAGCGUCUACCACCGCCCAGGUUCCUUACUCUGCCCCAGAGACAAAGCCUGUGCUAUCUCAUGUGUCCAGAGGAACUGCCACAGCCGGGCUCUCCAGAGCAGAAGUCACAUCCUCAGACAGACUAACCCACGCCGACGCUGAUCAGACCAUAGGUUCUACUGAUGUGUUGACAGAAACCAGCAUCAAUCCGUCCACCUCCCCUCUCAUGAAAGAUGCUGAGAGAAUCACUCUCACGACUGAAAGAGGUAUUCUUACUCUGGGCACAUCAACCACAGCUUCCUGGUCAGGAACUCCCUCCGUUUUGACUCAGGGUUUUCCACAUUCAGAAAUGACAGCUUUUAUGAGCGGAAAUCCUAAGGAGAUGUCAAGCACUCCUUCUGUGGAAGAAGUCAGCUCUCUCUCUUCCAUGGCACCUACUACAGAGAACAUCUCACCUUUCUCAGGGUCCUCCGUGUUACAAGGGGUCAGUCUCUCCUCCCCUCUACUUGGGACGUCACCUGUUAUGCCUGGCCCAGAGAAGACGACAACCAAAUUGAAAACAAGCUUGGGACUUGGUAGCAGACCACCUCCAGAAAUGAGCAGCACCUCAGAUGGUACAUUGACCACCUCUGAAGCCACCAUAGACACAGAGGCAAUUCACCCUUCCACAGAAACAACAGACGUCAUGAGUGCCAUCAGUUCUGAACAUGCCCACUCUGAGUCACCCAGCGUCACAUCUCCAGGGGGUGCCACCUCCAGCAUGGUGGACUUCACGGUUUCCACAUCAGUAGCACUUUCCUUUGUUCCAGCCCACGCUGAACCAUGCAGCACCACAUCUCCUGGGGGUGCCACCUCUAGCGUGGUGGACUUCACUGUUUCCACAGAAGUACCCGCAUCUUCUGAGACCACAAGGAUUGAGACAAAGCCAUCAUCAUCCGUUAUUACUGGAAUGAGUGAGAUCAGCACCCCCCAGGGAUUCAGUGCAGCCGCUGAGACAUCUAGUGACUCUCAUGUGUCAACAGACGCUUCUACUCCUGAGUUCUCCAACACAGAUAUUCCGUCUUCUUACAGAACACCCAUCCCAGGUUCCACUCUGUCCACAUGGUCUCCAGAAAUCUCUCCACAAACCAGCAGUAGUUCUUCUAUGUCCCUUUAUGAAACAGAACCACCUUCACAUGGGACUUACUCCACAAAGACUAUCUCUUCUGAGCCCGCAUCACUAGAGGCAACUACCUUGGACACACUAUCUAUGGAAGAGACACAAUUUUCCUCCUCAACGCCAAUUGGGGCCACAUCGCCAAUGGUUACCACCUCCAUCACAGGGCACACGACUGUGUCUAUAAUAACUCCUGUCUAUUCCGAGACCACAGAUAUUGAGAGUGAGCUUACUUCCUCCCUGGCCCCUGGAUUAAGAGAGUCCAGCACUCUUCCUAUACCUUACUCUGCCACAGAGACAAUACCUGUCCUAUCUCAUGUGUCGUCCAGAGGAACUGCUACAACUGAGGUCUCCAGAACUGAAGUCACAUCUUCCAACAGAAUAUCCCACCCAGUCCCUGAUCAGACCAAAAGUUCUACCAAUGUACUGACAGAAAACAGUAUCAGUCCAUCCACCUCACCUUUCAUGAAAGAAUAUGAAGGAAUUACUCUCACAACUGAAACAGAUACAUUUACUCCGGACACAUCAGUCUCGGCCUCAGGGUCGCCCUCAGAUUUGACUCAGGGUUUUCCACAUUCAGAAAUAACAACUCUUAUCAGCAGAGGUCCUAAGGAUGUGCCUAGCUCUUUUCCUGUGGAAGAAACCAGCUCUCUCUCUUCCAUGACACCCACUACUACCAACAUCUUAUUUCAUUCUGGGUCCCCCAUGUUACAAGGGGGUACUUCUUCCUCUCCUCUCCUUGAGACUUCAGUUGUGACCUCUGUCCCAGAAAAGACCACAGCCAGUUUGCAGACAAGCUUGGAACCUAGCAGCCGGGUACCUUCAGAAAUGACCAGCACCUCAGAUGAUACAAUGACUGUCUCUGGAUCCACCAUUCGCACAGAGGCAACUCACCCUUCCACAGAAACUGCAGGCAUUAUGAGUACCAGCAGUUCAGAACAUUCAUCACUUUCCUUUGUCCCAGCUCACUCAGAGCCAUACAGCAUCACCUCUCCAGGGGUUGCCACCUCCAGCAUGGCGCACUUCACUGUUUCCACAGAAGUACCCGCAUCUUCUGAGACCACAAGGAUUGAGACAAAGCCAGCUUACUCCCUUACUACUGGAAUGGCAGAGGACAGCACUUACCCAGGAUCCAGCUCAGCCACUGAAACAUACGCUAUUCUAUCUCCUCUGUCAACAGAUGCUCCUAUUACUGAGCUCUCCAAGACAAAAAUGCCAUCCUCUGAUAGAACGCCUAUCCCAGGUUCUACUCAGUUCACAUGGUCCCCAGAAACCUCUUCAGCAACCAGCAGUACAGCCUCUAUCUCACUCACAAAGACUGAGAUGGCUGCCAAUGUGAAUGUCACCACAGAGCCUAUUUCAUCUGAGGCUACACCACUAGAUGCACAUACCUUGGGUUCUCUAUCCACAGUAUCAAUGGAAGAGACACAGUUUUCCUCCUCAAGGCCAUCUAGGGCCACAUCCCCACUGGUUACCACUUCCAUCAUAAGGGACAUCCCUGGUUCUGUAUUAACUCCUAGUGAGAGUGAGUUAGUUUCCUCUCAGACCAUGGGAUUGAGAGAGUCCAGCACUCCACAGGUGCCCUACUCUGCCACAGAGACAAAACCUGUCCUAUCUCAUGUGUCCAUUGGCACUGCUACAGCUGGAGCCUCCAGAACCGAAGUCACAUCUUCAGACAGAAUAUCCCACCCAGUCCCUGCUAAGACCACAAGUUCUAGUGCUGUACCGACAGAAAACAGCAUCAGCCCAUCCACCCCCCCUCUCUUGAAAGAUUCUGAAGGGAUCACUCUCAUGGCUGAAAUAGGUGUCUUUACUCUGAACACAUCGACCACAGCCCCAGGGGUAAGGACUCCCUCCGUUUCGACUCAGGGAUUUCCACAUUCAGAGAUGACUACUCUUAUGGGUAGAGGUCCUAAGGAUGUGUCCAGCUCUUUCUCGGUGGAAGAAACCAGCACUCUCUCUACCAUAGGACCUACAACUGCCACCAAAGUCCCACAUUCCUCUGUGUCUCCUGGGUUAGAAGGGAACCGUUCCUUCUCUCCUCUCCUUGGGACCUCAGCUGUCACCGCUGGCCCAGUGAAAACUACACCUAAUGUGGACACAGCCUUGGGUCCUGAUGGCACACCAACUCCAGAAGUGAGCAGCCCUGCAGAUGAUACAAUGACCAUCCCUGAAUCCACCAUCUACACAGAGGCAAUUCACCCUUCCACAGAGACAAUAGGCGUUAUGAGCCCCAGCAACUCUGAACAAGGACCAUUUUCCACUGUGCCAGCUCAUUCAGAACCAUACAGCAUCACAUCUCCGGUGGGUGCCACCUCUAGCAGGAUAGACUUAACUGUUUCCUCAUCAGCACCUGCAUCUGCAGAGACCACCAAGAUUGAGACAAAGCCAUUGUCCUCCAUUAUUACUGGAAUGAGAGAGACCAGCACAACCCAAGGAAACAGCUUUACUACGGAAACAUUGUCUAUUCUCUCAGAUGCUUCUACGACUGAGCUCUCAAAUACAGAGUUUCCAUCUACUGAGACUACACUCAUGCUAGGUUCUACCAAGCCGACAUCGUCUCCAGGAAUUUCAGCAGACACCAGAAGUACAGCCGCUCCCUCCCUGACUGAGACUGGGUCUGCUGCACCCAUGACCUUCACCACACAGACUUUUACUACUGCCCCCACAUCAUUGGCUACAACUACUUUGGGCCAACUAUCCACAGACUCUACGGAAGAGACCUUAUUUUCUUCCUCAGGGGCUACAGCCCCACCUACUACCACGUCCAUCUUAGGGCACACCGUUGUUUCUGUAUUAAUUCCUGUCUACUCUGAAACCACAAAAAGUGAGAAGGAGUUAACUUCUCCUCUGACCACCGGAUUGAGAGAACCCAGGACUUCACAGGCACCUUUCUCAGCCACAGAGACAAAACCUGUCCUAUCUCAUGUGUCCACUGGCACUGCUACAGCCUCCAGAACCGAAGUCACCUCCUCAGACCAAAUGUCCCCCCCAGUCCCUGAUCAGACCAUACGUUCUGCUGAUAUUCUGACAGAAAACAGUGUUAGCCCAUCUACCUCCUCUCUCAUGAAAAAUACUGAAGGAUUCACUCUAGAGACUGAAACGGGCAUCCUUACUCUGGACACAUCAGCCACAACACCAUGGGCAGGGACCUCUUCAGUUUUGACUCAGGGUUUUCCACAUUUGCAGAGAACUACUUCUGUGAGCAAAGAGCCUAAGGAUGUGUCAAGCUCUCCCUCUGUUGACGAAACCAGCUUGCUCUCUUCCCUGUCACCUAUCACUGCCACAACUUCAUCUUCCCCUAUUUCUUUAGCAUUCAAAGAGUCCAGUCCCUCUCCUCUUCCUGUGACCUCAACUUUCAUGCCUGACUUACUGACAACAUCAGCCAUGUUACGAACAAGCUUAAAACCUGGCACCAGUUCACCUUCAAUUUUGAGCAACCCUUCAGUUGUGAUGAAUUCCACACCAGAAACCACCCUGGAUACAAAGGCAAUUCACCUUUCUACAAAUACAAUGACCACUUUGAUGACCACAAGUUCCGCACAUGAAUCAAGGUCCUCAGUCUCCACCAAUUUUGAGCCACCCAGAACCACAGAUCCAGUGACUACUGCCUUUACAAUGGAGGCCACCACUAUUUCCCCAGUAAUGUCUGCUUCUUUAGAGACUACAAGUAUUGAACCAUUACCACUUUCUCACCUGACUCCUGGACUCACAGAUACGAGUAUAUCUCUGCACAGAGGCUCAGCCAUACCCACACACCCUCCUGCAUCCACUCAUCUACUGAAGGAUCCCAAGACAGAUGUCACUUCUUCUGUGACAAUAUCAGCCUCAGAUCAAUCUCUGUUUUCACCGUUCCCUCAAAUUCCUGUGGAAACAGCCACUCAUCUUUAUGCUUCUCCCUCUGUUAUAGGGUCUUCUGGGGUAACUUCCCCAGAAUCCACCCUGGCUGCAUCUGUAUCAGAAGGUAGCCAAUACUCAAUCACAGAUAUGCUGCCAUCACCUGAGACUAUCCCAGCUGACACAUCGAUCCCUCCUCUGCCAGAGUUCACGACUUCCUUUGGCGCAACUGGAAUUCUGGGCACCAACUCAGCUCCCCUUUCAUCCAGUUCAUUCUCUAAGACAGAAUCAAGUCCUGAGGUUGAUCUUAUUUCCACAGUCUCAGAUAGUUUGCCUUCAUUGGCUUCAACAUCAUUCACCUCUUCCACAUUUACUGCCACCAAUUCUCCACCCAACCCUAGCCUCCAUGGAAUGACUUCCUCACCAGCUACCACAUAUAUGGUAUACAACAGCCUUGGGACAGAGAGCAGCACACAGGAAAUCAAGACAUCUUUAUCACCUCUUGUGGAUACCAGGAGAACAGAAAGUGCUGACUUGGAAUGGGUGACAAGUGGUCCUCACAUUCCUUCCCAUUCUACAUCAUUAACAACAGCAGUCCCCUUCCUGAUACCAUUCACCCUGAACUUCACCAUCACCAACCUGCAGUACACAGAGGACAUGCAGCUCCCAGGCUCUGGGAAGUUCAACUUCACUGAAAAGAUUCUGCAGCACCUGCUCAGACCCUUGCUCAAGAAUAGCAGCCUGGGAUUCCUCUUUUCUGACUGCAGACUAGCCUCACUGAGGCCUGGGAAGGAAGGAGCAGCCACCAGAGUGGAUGCCAUCUGCACUCACCACCCUGACCCCGAGGGCUCUGGACUGGACAGAGAGCGACUGUACUGGGAACUGAGCCAGAUGACCCAUGGUGUCGCUCAGCUGGGCCCCUACCCCUUGGCCAGGGACAGUCUCUAUGUCAACGGUUUCACCCAUCAAGGGUCUGCACCCAUCACCAUCACUCCUGGAACCCCCACAAUGGGCUCGGGGACCUCCAAAACUCCAUCCUCUUUACCCAGGCCCACAGUGACAAGCCCUACUGUGGUGCUCUUCACCCUGAACUUCACCAUCACCAACCUACACUACACCGAGGAUAUGGGGCAUCCUGGAUCUGCAAAGUUCAACACCACUGAGAAGGUCCUACAGCAAAUUCUUGGACCUGUGUUCAAGAAUACCAGUAUUGGCACUGUCUAUUCCAUCUGCCACGUGACCUCAUUCAGAUCUGAGAAGGGUGGAGCAGCCACCAGAAUGGAUGCCGUCUGCACUUACCGGUCUGACCCCAAAAGCACUGGGCUGGACAGAGAACGAUUGUACUGGGAGCUGAGCCACGAGACCCGUGAUGUUACCCGACUGGGCCCUUACACCCUGGACAGGGAUAGUCUUUAUGUCAACGGCUACACCCAUCAAGCCCUGCUCUCUACCUCCAGCACUACGAUGGCCUCUCCAGCAACAUCUACAUCUCUGGUCACCAUCCCCACAGCCACUGGUCCUGCCCUGAUGUCCUUCACCCUCAACUUCACCAUCACCAACCUCCCCUACCAGGAAGAUAUGCACCCUCCAGGUUCCCUGAAGUAUAAUGUCACAGAGAUGUCCUUACAGCCCCUGCUGGAUGCCUUGUUCAAGAACACCAGUAUCGGCCCCUUCUACUCUGGCUGCCGACUGUCCUCGUUCAGGUCUAAGAAGAAUGGGACAGCCACUGGAGUGGAUGCCAUCUGCACCUACCGCCCUGACCCAGAAGGCCCUGACCUGAACAGAGAGUGGAUUUACUGGGAGCUGUACAAGUUGACCCAUGGUGUCAUUCAGCUAGGGCCCUACACUCUGGACAGGAACAGUCUCUAUGUCAAUGGUUACACUCAUCAGACCUUGGUCACCACCACCAGCACUUCUAGGGUCAACACAGCUUCAUCUGGGUUGCCGACUCUCUUCUCUGGUUCCACAGUCCCUGGACCAGCUUUGGUGCCCUUCACCCUCAACUUCACCAUCACCAACCUGCACUACAUGGAAGACAUGCAGCCAGGCUCUGCCAAGUUCAACUCCACAGAGUCCAUCCUACAGCAGCUGUUAAAGGUCAGCUCAGUUUUUGGAGAUCUGAGGAGUCCCUUUUUAGACCUGAGUAAAUCUCAGAAAGAUGGAGAAGCCACAGGAGUAGACAUCAUCUGCACCCACCAUCCUGACCCUACAGGUUUUGGAUUGAACAGAGAACAGCUCUACUGGGAGCUGAGCCAUCAGACCCAUGGCAUCACCCAGCUGGGUCCCUACAACCUGGAUAAGAACAGCCUCUAUGUCAAUGGUUACACCAGUACAGUCUUGACUCCCAUACCCACUGUUGCUUCAACUGUCACACUCUUUCCGGGAACCUCAGCCACACCAAUCCCCUCCUCCAGCUCCACAGCCCGGGGUCCUGUUCUGGUGCCUUUUACCCUCAACUUCACCAUCACCAACCUGCAAUACACAGAGGACAUGGGUCUUCUGGGCUCCUUGAAGUUCAACACAACAGAGAAGGUUCUGCAGCACCUGCUCAUGACCUUGUUAAAGAACACCAGUAUUGGCUCUCUUUACUCCGGCUGCAGACUGAAGUCCCUCAGUCCUGAAAAGAAUGGGGCAGCCACUGGAGUGGAUGCCAUCUGUACCCACCGCCUUGACCCUGAGAGCCCUAGCCUGGACAGAGAGAGGCUUUACUGGGAGCUGCACAAUCUGACCAAAGGUGUUACACAGCUGGGCUCCUACAUUCUGGACAACAACAGUCUUUAUGUCAAUGGUUACACCCACCGGACCUCAGCCACCACCUCUCACCCUGCUGAACCUGUCUUAGUUCCAUUUACCCUCAACUUCACCAUCACCAACUUGCGCUACACGGAUGACAUGGAAUACCUGGGCUCCUCAAAGUUCAACUUUACUGAGAGGAUCCUGCAGCGCUUGCUUGGACCCUUGUUCUACAAGACCAACGUUGCUACCCUCUACUCUGGCUGCACACUGACCUCUCUCAGGCCCCAAAAUGAGAGAGAAGCCACCAGAGUGGAUGCCCUGUGUACCUACCACCCUGACCCUGAGGGCCCCGUGCUGGACAGAGAGAAACUGUACUGGGAGCUGAGCAAGCUGACCCUUGGGGUUACCCAAUUGGGUCCAUACACUCUGGACAAGGACAGUCUUUAUGUCAAUGGAUAUACCCACUGGGCUUCGACUACCACGUCCCACACUGUGAUCUCUACAUCCGUCCCAGCAUCCUCUUUGGCAACUACCUUCAACAAGCCUACAGCUGCUGAGCCUUCCCUGGUUCCAUUCACCCUCAACUUCACUAUUACCAAUCUGCACUACACAGAAGACCUGGGAGGCCUAGGCUCCUCAAAGUUCAACUUCACAGAGAAGAUCCUACAGCACUUGCUUGGGCCCUUGUUCAAUAAGACCAGUAUUGGCCCCCUCUACUUUGGCUGCACACUGACCUCGCUCAGGCCCAAGAAGGACCGGGAAUCCACCAGAGUGGAUGCCGUCUGCACUCACCGCCCUGACCCUGAGAGUCCUAGCCUGGACAGAGAGAGGCUUUACUGGGAGCUGAGCAAGCUGACCCAAGGAGUCACCCAAUUGGGCCCCUACACUCUGGACAAGAACAGUCUCUACGUCAAUGGUUACACCCACUGGGCCCUAGUCACCACCCCCAACACUGUGACCUCUACGUCCUUCCCAACAUCCUCCAUGAAGCCUACCUUCACCAUCAAGCCCACAGCUACUGAACCUGCUCCAGUUCCUUUCACUCUCAACUUCACCAUCACUAACCUGCGCUACACAGAUGACAUGGAACUCCUGGGCUCUGCUAAGUUCAACUUCACGGAGAGGAUCCUGCAGCGCUUGCUUGGGCCUUUGUUCAAUAAAACCAGUGUUGGCUUCCUCUACAAGGGCUGCACACUGACCUCACUCAGGUCCAAGCAUGAUGGGGAAUCCACCAGAGUGGAUGCCAUCUGCACUCACCGCCUUGACCCUGAGAGUUCUAGCUUGGACAGAGAGAGGCUUUACUGGGAACUGAGCAAGCUGACUCAAGGCAUCACCCAAUUGGGCCCCUACACUCUGGACAAGGACAGUCUCUACGUCAAUGGUUACACCCACUGGAUCACAACUACCAUUUCCAACACACUUGUGACCUCCACAUCCUUCCCGACAACCUCUAUGAUGCCUGACAUCACCAAGCCUACAGCUUUUGAACCUGCCCUCAUUCCUUUUACACUCAAUUUCACCAUCACUAACCUGCACUACACAGAUGACAUGGAAAUCCCCGGAUCUGCUAAGUUCAACUUCACUGAGAGGAUCCUGCAGCGUCUGCUUCAGCCCUUGUUCAAUAAGACCAGUAUUGGACAUCUCUACUCUGCCUGCACACUGACUUCACUGAGACCCAAGAAGGAUGGUGAAGCCACCAGAAUGGAUGCCAUCUGCACCCACCAACCUGACUCUGAACACCCCAUACUGGACAGAGAGAGGAUUUAUUGGGAGCUGAACAAUCUGACCCAGGGAGUUACCCAACUGGGCCCCUACACUCUGGACAAGAGCAGUCUCUAUGUCAAUGGUUACACCUACUGGGAACCAGCCACCACCUCCCAAACAGCUGUGACCCCCACAUCCCCUGUGAAUUUUGCCUUCACCACCAAGCCCACAGCUACUGAACCUUCUCUGGUUCCGUUCACCCUCAACUUCACCAUCACCAACCUGCGCUACACUGAUGAUAUGGAAAUUCCAGGAUCAGCUAAGUUCAACUUCACUGAAAAGAUCCUGCAGCGCUUGCUUGGGCCUUUGUUCAAUAGAACCAGUAUCAGACAUCUCUACUCUGCCUGCACACUGACUUCACUCAGACCCAAGAAGGAUGGUGAAGCCACCAGAAUAGAUGCCAUCUGCUCCCACCAACCUGACCCUGAACGCCCCAUACUGGACAGAGAGAGGAUUUAUUGGGAGCUGAACAAUCUGACCCAGGGAGUUACCCAACUGGGUCCCUACAUUCUGGACAAGAACAGUCUCUAUGUUAAUGGUUACACCUACUGGGAACCAGCUACCACUUCCCAAACUACUGAACCUGCUCUAGUUCCUUUCACACUCAACUUCACCAUCACCAACCUGCGCUAUACAGAUGACAUGGGAAUCCCAGGAUCUGCUAAGUUCAACUUCACUGAGAAGAUCCUGCAGCAACUGCUUGAGCCCUUAUUCAACAAAACCAGCAUCAGACAUCUCUACUUUGGCUGCACACUGACUUCACUCAGACCCAAGAAAGUUGGUGACGCCACCAAAAUGGAUGCCAUCUGCACCCACCAACCUGACCCUGAACGCCCCAUACUGGACAGAGAGAGGAUUUAUUGGGAAUUGAACAAUCUGACCCAGGGAAUUAUGCAACUGGGCCCUUACACGCUGGACAAGAACAGUCUCUAUGUUAAUGGUUACACCUACUGGGAACCAUCCACCACCUCCCAAACUGUGACCCUUACAUCCCACCCAACACCCUCUGUGAAUCCUGCCGUCACCACCAAGCCCACAGCUACUGAACCUGCUCUGGUUCCUUUCACCCUCAACUUCACCAUCACCAACCUGCGCUAUACAGAUGACAUGGAAACCCCGGGCUCUGCUAAGUUCAACUUCACUGAGAGGGUCCUACAGCGCCUGCUUGGACCCUUGUUCAAUAAGACCAGUGUUGGCCCCCUCUACUAUGGAUGCACACUGGCCUCACUCAGGUCCAAGAAGGGCAGGGAAGCCACCAGAGUGGAUGCUAUCUGCACUCACCGCCCUGACCCUGAGAGUCCCAGUCUGGACAGAGAGUGGCUUUACUGGGAGCUGAGCAAGCUGACCCAAGGAGUCACCCAACUGGGCUCCUACACUCUGGACAAAAACAGUCUCUACGUCAAUGGUUACACCCACUGGAAACCAGCCACAACCUCCAAUCAACUAACUGUUCCAUCCUGGUAUUUCUCCCCAGCAGCUGUGACUUCCGCAUCAUUCCCAGCAGCCUCUAUGGUGCCUGCCUUCACCAUGAAGCCCACAGCUGCUGAACGUGCUCUGGUUCCUUUCACCCUGAACUUUACCAUCACCAACUUGCGCUACACAGACGACAUGGAAACCCCGGGCUCUGCUAAGUUCAACUUCACGGAGAGGAUCCUGCAGCGCUUGCUUGGGCCAUUGUUCAAUAAGACCAGUGUUGGACCCCUCUACUCUGGCUGCACCCUGACUUCACUCAGGACUAAGAAUGACAGAGAAUCCACAAGAGUGAAUGCCAUCUGCACUCACAGCCCUGACCCUGAGAGUCCUAGCCUAGACAGAGAGUGGCUUUACUGGGAGCUGAGCAAGCUGACCCAAGGAGUCACCCAAUUGGGCCCCUACACUCUGGACAAGAACAGUCUCUAUGUGAACGGUUACACCCACCGGGAACCAGCCACAAGCUCCAAUACAGCUGUGACCCCCACAUCAUUCUCAACAUCCUCUAUGGUACCUGCCUUCACCACCAACCUCACAGCUGCUGGACCUGCUCUGAUUCCAUUCACACUCAACUUCACCAUCACUAACCUUCGCUACACAGAUGACAUGGGAGUCACAGGCUCUGCUAAGUUCAACUUCACAGAGAGGAUCCUGCAGCACCUGUUUGGGCCUUUAUUCAAUAAGACCAGUGUUGGUCCCAUCUACGCGGGCUGCACACUGACCUUGCUCAGGCCUCAAAAUAAUAGGGAAGCCACCAGAAUGGAUGCCAUCUGCACCCACCACCCUGACCCCGAGAGCUCUAGCCUGGACAGAGAGUGGCUUUACUGGGAGCUGAGCAAGCUGACCCAAGGAGUCACCCAACUGGGCCCCUACACUCUGGACAAGAACAGUCUCUAUGUCAAUGGUUACACCCACUGGGAACCAGUCACAACCUACAAUACAGGUGUGAACUCAACAUCAGUCCCAACAUCCUCUAAGGUGUCUGCUUUCACCAUCAAGCCCACAACAGCUGCUGAACCUGCCCUGGUUCCAUUUACCCUCAACUUCACCAUCACCAACCUGCGCUACACAGAUGGCAUGGGACACCCAGGCUCAGCAAAGUUCAACUAUACUGAGAGGAUCCUGCAGCGCCUGCUUGGGCCCUUGUUCAAUAAGACCAGUGUCGGCCCCCUCUACUCUGGCUGCAGACUUGCCUUGCUCAGGCCUGAGGAAGGCAGAGCAACCACUGGAGUGGAUGCUGUCUGCACCUACUACUCUGACCUUGAAGACCCAGGGUUAGACAGAGAGAAGCUGUACUGGGAGCUGAGCCAGUUGACCUACGGUGUCAACCGGUUAGAGUACUACAGUCUGGACCGGAACAGUCUAUAUGUCAAUGGUUACACUUAUGGAGCCUCAGCCUCAACCACCACCAGUGGGGAGGUCAACGAGGAUCCAUUCACCCUAAGUUUCACCAUCAACAACCUGCGCUACUCAGCUGACAUGGGCCGCAUAGGUUCUCACAAGUUCAACAUCACAGAUACCCUCAUGCAGCACCUGCUCAGCCCCUUGUUCCAGGGGAGCAGCCUGGGUGCCCGAUAUGUAGGCUGUAGGGUCACUGUGCUAAGGUCUGAGAAGAAUGGUGCCUGGACAGGGGUGGAUGCCCUUUGCACCUACCGGCAGCCGCCCAGUGGUCCCGGCCUUCAUGCCAAGCAAGUGUUCCAUGAGCUGAGCUGGCAGACCCGUGGUAUCACACGACUGGGUCCCUACUCACUGGACAAGGACAGCCUCUACCUCAAUGGGUAUAACGAACCUGGUCCAGCCGAGCCUCCUACAACUCCUGAGCUGGCCACCACAGUCCUGCCCCCUUCAUCAACAACUGUACAGCCAGAAGCCACCACAGGUACAGGGUAUACCCUGAAGACCCUUACACUCAAUUUUACCAUCUCCAACCUCCACUUUUCACCUGACAUGGGCAACCCCAGCUCUGCCACAUUCAACUCCACAGAGAGGCUCCUGCAGCACCUGCUCAGACCCUUGUUCCGGAAGAGCAGCCUGGGCCCCUUCUAUUCCGAUUGUAGACUCAUCUCCCUACGGCCUAAGAAGGACAGGGCAGCAACCAGAGUGGACAUCAUCUGCACCUACCAUGCUUACCCUGCAGGCCACAGGCUGGAUAGAAAGCGUCUAUUCUGGGAGCUGAGCCAACUGACCCAAGGCAUCACUCAACUAGGUCCCUACACUCUGGACAGGGACAGCCUCUCUGUUGAUGGCUACACGUCCCAGAGUUUAUCUACCCAGAGCGAAUACCAGCUGAAUUUUCGCAUCAUCAACCGGAAUCUCAGCAACCCGGAUCCUGCAUCCUCAGAAUACGCUGCCCUGCUGUGGGACCUCCAGGACAAGGUCACCACACUCUACACAGGCAGCCAGCUACAAGAUGUGUUCCGAUCUGGCCUGGUUACCGACUUGAACUGGGCUAGUGUUUGUGAUGAAAAGAAAAAGGCAUAUGAUGAAGCAGACUUAGUGGCUGAAAAGUGGUUGAGGUCAAUGGGCUUGGAAUUUGGACAUAGAACAUGUUGUCCUGUCUUCCAGCUAAACCAGCUCUUCCGAAACAGCAGCAUCAAGAGUUAUUUUUCCAGCUGUCAAGUUACGGCAUUCAGAUCUGUUUACCACAGCAAUCACACAGGGGUGGACUCCCUGUGUGGCUUUUCACCCAUGACUCGGAGACCGGACAGAAUUGUUAUCUACGAGGAAUUUCUCCAUCUUACCCGGAAUGGUACUCAGCUACAGAACUUCACCCUGGACAGGAAUAGUAUCCUUGUGGAUGGGUAUUCACCCAACAGACAUGAGGCCUUGACUAAAAAUCCUGACCUCCCCUUCUGGGCCAUAAUUCUUAUCUGCUUGGCGGGACUACUGGCACUCAUCACCUGCCUGGUGUGCUGUUUCCUGGUCAACAUCUGCAUGCGCAAGAAGGAGGGAGACUACGAGGUGCAGCGUCGCCGCCUGGGUUACUAUCUGCCACACCUCGAUCUGAGGAAGCUGCAAUGACUGCAUCUGUUUGGGUCCUUAUCCCAGCCUGGGUCCAAGGAAAUUUGGCUAGAGCAACAAUAAACCACAUUGGUCUGACACAGCCCUUUGGCCUUUGUGACUUGGCUCAUAAGGAUUCACAGGGGACUAAAGGAGACGUCUCCCCACUUCUUUAGUCUUGAAGGAGCCAUUUUAUGGUUUCAUGCUGCCUCGUGCCUAAGUGACCACACAUCUGUUGAAAGUGCUACACAGAAAUUGCCUAUCCUAUAAAGUCAGUAUCCUCCAGGUGUAUGAGGCUUCCUUCCCUUUGUAGUGCCCCACCACACUCCUCCUCUUGACUCCUGGGCCAACCACCACUCAUUGACACUUACAUAUGUUUCUCUCUUUCCUCACCUGGUAGGCUCAAAUUCCCUUUACAUGACUUGGUUUUCUGAAGUUCAGUAUCCCUAGAGCUCUCAAAUCAGUCUACCUCAGUGGCUGCUCACCCGCUCUGUGUCCUCUAUGAUGGGAAAUAGUCCAAGAGGAAAUGAGAGGGACAGAAAUUACUCUACUUUUAGU